CAACAUUCAAUCAAGGUCACCAAUUUUCAAAGGUACAAAAAGUGCACGCCAGACGCGCACAGCGCUCUAUAAAACUCCUCGAGCACCGCGUGCAAGUCGGGCUACCUACACCACCCCCCAACGAUACUUGCCGCCACUGCAUCCUUCCAAAAUGAAGCUCCUUCGGCAACAAAUCGAAGCCAAAACCGGCGCCGGCAGCGCAACCCUCCUCCCCGAAGAGCCCGAAGACAUGUGGCAUGCAUACAACCUUAUCCAACCGACUGAUCAAAUCCGCGCCAAAGCGAUCCGCCGCAUCUCCAAAGAUAUGGGCGCGGGCGCCGUAACGUCGCAGCGCAUCGCACUCGACCUCACCAUCGCCGUCACGUCGACCGACUUCGACCUCGCGAGUAACGAGCUCCAUGUCGCCGGCCGCGUGGUCUCCGAGAACGAGCACGUCAAGCUGGGGAGCCACCAUACGCUGGAUCUGGAGCUGAACCGCAAGUUUACGCUCGAGAAGGUGGACGGGUGGGAUAGCGUGGCUGUGGGGAUGCUGAGUGAGGCGUGUAAUACGAGCAGCAGAGCGGAGAUGUGGGCAGUAGUCAUGGGCGAGGGGAUCGCGAAUAUUUGUCUGAUCACCGAGCACCAAACUGUUCUGCGGAAUCGCGUCGAAGUGGCCGUGCCGCGGAAGGGCAAGGGGCAUAUGGAGCAGCACAACAAGGGGCUAGAGAAGUUCCACAACACGCUGCUAGGUACGCUGCAGCGAGAUAUGGAGGGCGCGAAGCGGGAUGCGCAGACGGAGAAGACGGUGCCGUUGCUGCUUGCGAGCGCGGGGUUCUACGCGCAGGCGUUUCUGCAGUUCAUCAAGGAGUAUGCGGUGCGGUCGGGAAACAAGUUCCUCCAGGCGCUGGUGCCGAGCAUUGUUAUUGCGCAUUCAGCAGGAGAACACGUACAUAACCUCGCAGAGGUUUUAGCGUCGCCGGCCUGCACAGCGAAGCUCUCCGAUGCAAAGUUUACCCGCGAAACCGCACUCAUGGACACGUUCAUGAAACACAUGCGGCUGGAAGACGGGCGCGCGGCGUACGGACCACGAGAGAUCGAGAGGGCGGUGGAGAGUGGUGCAGUCGGCAGAGGAGGCGGUGUGCUGCUCAUCUCGAACACGCUAUUCCGGUCACAUAACCUCGCUGAGAGGAAGCGAUGGGUCGCACUGGUAGAUCGGGUCAAAGAAGUUGAAGGUGGCGAGGUGAGGGUACUGAGCAGCUUGCACGAGAGCGGAAAGAGGUUAGAGGCACUGGGGAGCAUCGCUGCCAUCUUGACGUACCCACUAGAAGAGAUGGACGAGGAAGAGGAGGAUGUGGCAAAUGGGGUGCGUGCAAACGAUGAGGAAAUGAUAAUAUAGGAUUGGAGCCGUCGGCUACUUCGUAAUAUUGAUACCCAAGCCGUAAUACCCAAAACAUGCCGUAAAUCGCACCGCAACGCCCAUAUACAGGAGGGGUAUCUAAGGUCGUACAUCAUUAUAUCGUACCGCGAUCGGGGGCGACCCAAGAGCAAGGUCGUCAUCGUCGUCAAAGAAAAGAUUCACCUCUUGCGUCGACAGUCCAAAUUCACUGAAUGAGGGCCGUGACAUCGUCUGUGGGUUGCUGGUACUCCGUUUCGCUCCACUAUUGCUUACAGUCUUCGUGGUGGCUGUGCUGAAGACCUGUCUUGGUCCCAUCGAGUGCGACGGCAGUCUGAUUUGUUGGUUAAACCCAUCAAGCCUAACUGAUGUGGCGACAGCUUUCUUCUUUGGCGCGGGAUAAACCGCAACCUGGUAAGAAUUGUUGGGCUGCUUCCGCUUGAGCGAUGGUUGA